CAGCCAAAGCUUCGGAAGGUAGGAAGGAAGGUACACAGAUCAACGUUCCGAUUGAAUAUCUUACCGACGGCCGAACAGAUGGACGUCCCAUCCUACUAGUCUUUCCUCAAUGGCCAUCUGUACACGUGUCCCAUUGGCAUCGCCACAACUACCUCAACGCUCUUCUCAUAAAGAAUUCGGUCAAUGUCAUAAACACAGCUCACUGGCGAUAAGGGUUCCAGAAACUUCGACCCCCGAUUCCCCGUCUUUAUUUCACUGCUUCGUUCUUGGUACCCAUUUCUUCAGAAACAAAGGGAUCUCGACGAGUUGGAGUGGUAUCAUCAGCAAUGGCGGAGUUGGCUCGGAGCACGGUCCUUGUCACCGGAGCUGGUGGCAGAACAGGCCAGAUAGUUUAUAGGAAAUUAAAGGAGAGGUCAGAUCGGUAUGUUGCAAGAGGUCUCGUUCGAACCGAAGAGAGCAAGGGGAACAUUGGUGGAGCGGAUGAUGUGUUUGUUGGGGAUAUAAGGGAUACCAGCACCAUAGUUCCUGCAAUCCAAGGUAUUGAUUCUCUCGUAAUUCUCACGAGCGCUGUGCCCAAGAUGAAACCUGGGUUUGAUCCAACCAAGGGUGAACGGCCCGAGUUCUAUUUCGAAGACGGAGCUUAUCCUGAACAGGUUGAUUGGAUUGGGCAGAAAAAUCAAAUAGAUGCUGCUAAGGCCGCUGGAGUGAAGCACAUUGUGUUGGUUGGAUCUAUGGGGGGAACAAACCCGAAUCAUCCAUUGAACCGCUUGGGUAACGGCAAUAUCUUGAUAUGGAAAAGGAAGGCUGAGCAAUAUUUGGCCGACUCUGGUAUUCCCUAUACAAUUAUAAGAGCCGGAGGCCUGCAAGAUAGAGAAGGAGGAAUCCGAGAACUUCUUGUUGGAAAGGAUGAUGAGCUUCUUCAGACGGAAACAAAAACCAUUUCCAGGGAAGACGUAGCGGAAGUAUGCAUUCAGGCACUACAGGUUGAGGAGGCCAAAUUCAAGGCGUUCGACUUGGCCUCAAAGCCAGAGGGAGUUGGUACGCCCACGAAGGAUUAUAAGGCGCUCUUUUCCCAUAUCACUGCCCGUUUCUGAACUGUUAACGGCCAUUAAAAUUGGUCUAGCUCUUAAGGGAGGGGGAUUAUUUUCUUCAAAAUAUUGUUUAACUUUAUCAGCUCUAUCUGCUGAGAUUCCUAAAGCAUUGCAUUACUUUGUAAUUCAAGUGUGUAAUUCAGUGAACACUAUAGAUUUUAUGAAUUUCAACAUUAUAUGUUGUUUAUCA